AUGAGGCCUGAAAUCCGUCGAGCUGCGACAAUCCUGUCUUCUUCUCAACGAUUGUCUACMCCUGCCGUGAUAUCAUCGUCCGUCCGCUGUUUCCAUUGCGCCACACGAACAUGGGCAAUUGCUCAUCCCAUUACGGCUCAUGGGCCACCCCCCAAAGCCCCUACGCCUGCUGCAGAGUUUAAAUUUGAUUCGCGACGAGCGGGACUUAACCAACAGAAAGUUCCGCAACAACAGCAAGAAAGUCAAACGUCCGAAUCCGCCGCACGAGUAUCGCAAGCCAAAACUACUCCUCUGAAAAAACGGUUUUGGAAGGAUGUCAAUGUCAAGGAAUCACCAGAUGGUUAUCAAAUACUUCUCGACACCCGACCAGUCCGCAGUCCUACAAAAGCCAUCCUCACUGUUCCCAGCACCAAAAGACAUCUGGCCGAAGCCAUUGCUCUAGAAUGGGAUCUCCUCACAUCCGCCCAGCAAGCGCUCAAACAGCAUCUUAUACCGCUAACAUCGCUCACCACUCGCGCGGCCGAUAUCGUACGAGAAGAUGAAUUGGGUCAACAAAGAAUCCGACAAGAAAUCGCACGAACAGCCAUGCGCUAUCUCGAAACAGAUACCCUCCUGUGCUGGGUUCCCGGGAAGGAGAUUCACAACCCUCUAUCAAAGGCAUCACCAGCGCCAGAAGAAGAAACAUUACGCGACAAGCAAGCUCGGGUUGCUGGAGAAAUUAUCAACUUUUUGACCAGAACAGUCUGGCCCGAUGUCGAAAUCAAACCCGUUUUGGACGAGAGUAGUAUUCUGCCCACGCCGCAGGAUGAGAAUACCUUGGAGACGAUCCGAAGCUGGAUUUCGGCGCUCCCAGCUUAUGAAUUGGCGGGACUUGAGAGGGGAAUCCUUGCUAGUAAGAGCUUACUGGUUGCAGUCAGGUUGGUGGUCGAAUGGAGUGAACACUUCUCCGGUCUGCAAGAGACUGUCCAACAGGGAAAAGAUGGGUCGCGAUUUGGCGUCGAAGAAGCUGCCCAUGCGUCAAGCCUGGAGGUGACUCACCAAACUGAUCAGUGGGGUGAGGUGGAAGAUACGCAUGAUGUUGAUCGUGAAGAUUUGAGGAGACAGCUUGGAAGUGUUAUUCUCUUGGUCAGUGGAGAGCGGAGUCAUAAGCGAUCCAAGAGUGGCUUGGCACGAACUCUUCUUCAUCGCGACAAGUCAAAGAGCGACAGCCGAGACGAGAAUAACAACGGCAGCACCUCGCCCACGUCAGUCGGAUCGUCGUCCUUCUCGGAAUCGCAACACAAUCGAAAUUCAUCACUGUCCUUGACCAAAACACGAAGUAAUAGAAGGGUCGGACCCGAAAUCACAAUGGAAUCGCCGUCUGUAUCUGGGGGUGAUAUUUCCUCUCAUGCGGGGGGAUUCGACAGCCCCGAGAAACCGGCCUCUAUCAAGAAUACCCCCGAAACCAGCGCCGCAUCAAUUGAACAAUCCGUAAAGACAUUCCGUCUUUUUGAGAUUCUGCGCAGCGGCGAUACUACCGCUAUAUCCAAGGCGCUGAGAGAAGCCAAAGAGCAAAGUUCCUCCGGUGGACCAGCGGCGGGCACUACCAUACUUCAUUUGGCUAUACAAUGUGCGGAUUUGCAAGUAGUGGAUUAUGUCGUGGCUAGCGGGGCAGAUAUCGAUGUUAAUGCUCGGGACCGUGAAGGAAAUACGCCGUUGCAUCUUGCGGCCCAGCUUGGACGGGACUCGGUCGUCCAAUCAUUGUUAGAUCUGCCUCAAAUCGAUGACUCCAUUGCCAACUACAGGGGGCAGACUGCCCUCGACCUCGCGCGUACCCCCGACAUUUUUGAAAAGCUGCAGCUUUCUCGUUCGCUUUUCAUUGAUACCAAGACAAAGCAGAUUCAGGAUAUGGUUGUUCGGACAGACUACGAAGGCUUGGAGAAGUUACUUGUAGAACCACGUGUACAAGGUAACCUUGAUGUGAACGCACUAGAAUUGGUGACGGAUACCGUUACAGCACAAUCAGGAGGAACUUUGCUUCAUGAAGGUGCCAGGAAGAAGGACACAAAACUGUUACAGAUUCUGCUCCUACAUGGCGCCGAUCCGUUCAGACGUGAUAAGAAGGGAAAACUCCCCCAAGACGUGACAAAGGACGACAAGACACGAGCAAUUGUUAAGAAAUCGCCUGCUGCGAUUAUCGCACAGCGCGGUAUCCAAGAAAGAGCAAUCCUAGGAAAUGCGCCCUCUCAAGCUGCUAGUUCUAGCAGAGCUGUAAGCGCAGAAGUUACUCUUGCUGGAAAGGAUGCAAGAGAAAUGAAGGGUUACCUGAAGAAAUGGACAAACUACACGUCAGGUUUCAAGCUACGUUGGUUUGUCCUUGAGGACGGAGUCUUGAGUUAUUACAAACACCAAGACGACGCCGGUUCCGCUUGUCGAGGCGCUAUCAGCAUGCGUAUUGCAAAAUUACACAUGGAUGCGCAGGACAAGACCCGUUUUGAGAUCCUUGGAAAGUCGUCCGUGAAAUAUCACUUAAAAGCGAACCAUGUGGUGGAAGCAAAGAGAUGGUUCUGGGCUUUGAACAAUGCCAUUCAAUGGGCCAAAGAUGAAGCCAAGGAAGAAGAAAAGCGACGAACCAGAGACGCAGAGUUCUUGCAAGCAAAAAUACAUAAUGUGGACAGCCGCGUGUCCGAAGGACCUGCCUCUGAGCUUGCCUCGGUCAGCUCCAAGCUCAAUGUCAAAGGAGGUUCCGUGGUGACCGACCCCAAGUCUAGCUUCACGCGUGUUAAUACUCAUACAUCGCGCACCACCGCCGAUCCGCUUGGCGAUGAUGAUGCUUCGGCCUACGACUCCUACACCCAGAGUGUUGCUCAAACUGACAUUAACCGUGCCGCCGGACCACCUGGUGGUCUUGAUGGAGAGGCUGACUAUGAGAACUAUCACGACUAUGCCUCGAGCCAUGAUGCCCAACCGUCCAACAAGGAUGCUUUCUACAUUACGGCGCAGUCAGCGAAAUUACAAUUAGACCUGUUGUCUAACGUGUCUGCUUCCCUUUCAGCCGAGAAAACCAAGAACCCCGAACUGACCGUAUCAAACCCCGUUAUUGAUCAAGCAUUGUCCACCUACGAAUCAGCCGUCGGCAGUCUCAACGAUCUCCUCGCAAACUUGCUGAAGAUUUCGCGCGACAGAGAUGCCUACUGGCAGUACCGCCUUGACAAAGAAUCUGACACACGUAAAAUGUGGGAGGAGAGUAUGGCGCGGAUUGUGCAGGAACAUGAAGAGCUUCAGCUCAAAGUUGGCGAGUCGGAAGAAAAGCGCAAAAGGACGAAGAAGGCGCUUAAGGAGGUUCUUGAAAACUCCGCCGGAGCUGAUGUGGGACGUGUGCCGUUUGGUGACCACAAAGACCACACAGGGGAGAUCGAGACAUUCGAAGAAGCAGAAGCAGAAGCUUUGGUUGACAGAACACGACAAACUUCGGCCAGCGAAGUUAAGCAAGUCAGAAUUGACGAGACUGCAACAAAGAGUCAGACUAUAUCAGAAUAUGCAGACCUUGCCGAGUCAGAUUCUGACGAUGAAGCGGAGUUUUUCGAUGCCAUUGACAAUGAAGACGUUGAAGUCGGCGCGGUACUUUCUAGCGAGAAAUUGGUCGAAUCAAAAACUGUUGAUAGUGAAGCUGCUGACUUGCGCUCGACCAAGCUUGCUGCUAUAGAAUCAGCAUACAAGGGAUACGAAGAUCCGAUACGGACGAGAUUGAAGAUGGACAAGGAUGACAGGCCGAAAAUCUCUCUUUGGGGUAUUCUUAAAUCUAUGAUCGGUAAAGACAUGACAAAGAUGACUCUUCCGGUAUCUUUCAACGAGCCUACCUCGCUCCUUCAGCGUGUGGCUGAAGACAUGGAAUACACUGAUCUUCUAGACAUUGCUGCAGAUCGUACCGAUUCACUGGAACGCUUACUUUAUGUCGCUGCUUAUGCUAUUAGCGAGUAUGCAUCUACCAUCGGACGAGUUGCCAAACCGUUCAAUCCUCUCUUGGGAGAAACAUUUGAAUAUACUCGACCGGACAAGCAGUAUCGAUUCUAUGUUGAGCAAGUCAGCCACCAUCCACCGAUUGGUGCCGCCUGGGCUGAAUCCCCUCGAUGGGACUAUUAUGGUGAAUCGGCUCUGAAAUCCAAGUUCUACGGAAAAUCAUUCGACAUCAACUUGUUAGGAACAUGGUUCUGUAAAUUACGUCCUAUCACAGGAGACGAGGAGAUAUAUACCUGGAAAAAGGUGACUUCUUCAGUCAUUGGUAUCAUCACGGGUAACCCUACCGUCGAUAACUACGGACCGAUGGAGGUCAAGAACUGGAAGACCGGAGAGACUUGCUAUCUAGACUUCAAAGCCCGCGGUUGGAAAGCGUCUUCAGCGUAUCAAGUCACCGGAAAGGUAGUUGAUGCUGCCGGAGUUACAAAAUGGAACAUUGGUGGAAGAUGGAAUGACAAGAUCUUUGCGCGCCCAGUAUCAGGGCAGGAGGGUGCCGUUGCAGAAAACGACGAAUCGUCCAAGGCUAUCCUGCUCUGGCAAGCCAACGUUCGGCCCAGCGGUAUCCCAUUCAAUCUAACACCCUUCGUAUUAACCCUGAACGCGAUUCCAGACCGUCUCCGACCAUUCUUACCACCAACUGAUACCCGACUCCGUCCCGACCAGCGGGCCAUGGAGGACGGUGAGUAUGACUUUGCAGCAUCGGAGAAGCAUCGCGUUGAAGAGAAACAGCGAGCCAAACGAAGAGAACGAGAGAAGAAUGGCGAAGAGUUUAUUCCUCAGUGGUUCCAAAAGGCCAAGUGUCCGGUUACUGGGGAGGAGUAUUGGCAGUCUACUGUCGCGCCUCCUCACACUACCUCACGAGAAACAGCUGCUCUACGACGACCGGAUAAUCUAUUCCAUCAUUACUCCUCGUCGCCUUCACCCAUAAUCCGGAAACGAGCUGCAUUCAUUAAGCAGAAUGCGUUCUGUCCGCAUCCGAGCCAUCAGCAGACUCGCGCACCUACAGGCACUGCCAAAGAUGAGGAAGUAGCCACCGGAACCCUCCCACCGGCCCAUUCCCACUUCGAAUGUCCCGACUGCGGUGUCCCGUUGUAUUGCUCGGAGGAACACUGGAUGGACGACUUUGAAGCCCAUCUCGAGGUCUGCGAGACAAUCCGACAAAUCAACGAAGAUGAUCAUGACUUGGUCUCUGGUCGCUUCUUCCCGGAAUUCACGUACCCCGGACCACAGGAUGAUAAUUUCGUGGUGAACAUGACGAAUUGGGAUACUUUCUUGUAUACGAGGGAAUUCGAGGCAAUUAAUAAUGAGAGGAGUAUGAGGCAGGUGACGCGAAUGUUGACGUAUCCGACUACGAUUGCGAGUGUUAUACAUGAAUUGAGUCCGUAUACUGUGCACAAGGGAGGCAGAUUGACGGCUGAGGGCUUGAAGAGUCUGAGUGCCCUCCGCUACACCCUCCAUCCACCCAAACAAGGAGAAGGCAAAGAUAUCCGCGGCCUCCGACUCAAAGCACCACCAGUCCGCAUUUUCAUUCUCGGAGCCCGCGCCGAAUCCUCUCUACCCCGCGAAGUCUGGCUUCAACUGACGCACAUGUUCCCCAACGCCCUGAUCAAUCUCAUCUUCAUCGGUCCCGAGAGCAUGGCCAACCGCGACGACGAGUUCCCACUACCCGAACGCACAGCCUCCAACCCCUUUGGCGCAAUCGUCGAAGAUCGACUGGGUCCUCAAAUGAAAAUUACAACGUACGUCGAUUACUUUCACACCAUGCACGACGCGCAAUACUUUUACCCUUACGACCCUUAUUUCGACUGCUUCAUGCUCUUCCACCCUGGUCUAGGCCACCCAGCAAGCUCGCACGAAUGGGCAGACACACUCCCCAAACUCCUCGAGACUAAAGUUCCCAUCAUAUGCACGGGUUACACGCAGGGCGACCUGGAGCGCGACAUCAACUGGGUGCGCGACAAGUGUGCGGGUGAGUUUGAUGUGCUGCUUGAACCGGGCGAGAAUAGGUUCCGGAGUCUGAGGUGGGAUUUGAAUGAUAUGGACCCGAGUGAUGUUUCGGCUGGCAACUGGGGGAUUUGGGCUUUCAGGGGGAAGAGGUACGAAGCGACGCAUAAGGAUGCUACCACGCCAGCCAUCACAGCGCCCGCCGCGACUUGUUUGUGUGCUGCCACAGCGGCAGAAGAAGUUGUCGAUAAAGCUGCUGAAGCUGUCGAGGAGGUCGAUGUAGCUGCUUGUCCGGUCCCGGAGGCGGUUGCGACCACGACAGAGGUUAUUGGUGCGACGCUUGAGGCGGGUGCGGAGGAGGAGGGKCUGACGACGAUUGAGGAGCUGGAUUGUCGGAUCGGGGCGCUGGAGGAUGAGGGUGUGUGGAUGACUACCACUGAAGAAGAUGACGAUGAGGUGGUAGUGGUUGAAGUAGAAGUUGAGGAAGGCGUGGGUGUCGGCGUGGGAGUUGGAGUUGGAGUUGGGGUUGUUGAUGUGUGUGCGUUGACAAUGGUGAUGGUUGUCGUUGAUGCGGCAACCGCAGAGGAAGCAGCUGCCGUGAGGAGAACGAGGAGCUUAGCGAAAUGCAUGUUGUUUGAUGAUCGAGAUAUCAAAGUUGCAAGAAGAGCGAUCGACUAG